CAGCUCCGGCUCUAACAGCCGCCAUCUUGGAGCAAAGACUAGGCGGUCUAUUCAAAACGGAAGACGCUGCUUUGUUUAUUAGUUCUUAAUAUGGAUUAUAGACAAUGACUACAAAUGUAAAGCUGUAAACCUAUUUCAAAAUGAUGGAUUAUAUCAAACUCUGGUAAUUGAUGAGCUACUGCGAAUUAAAUACGAUGUGCCAAUGAGCUAGCUAGCUGAUGACGGGAAAUAAACAAGCUAUUCCUAAUACGUUGUAGGAGAUACUCGGGUUGCCAGAUUGGAUUGCGUGUCGGUUUCCUGAGAGUUUUACUUUUUUCGUGCGUUUAAUAAACCAUGUGAGUGAGUGAUAAAUAUGUAAACCCGGACAGUGUAUGCUACAUCGAAUGAUGAAGAGAUUGCGUAGAAUUUAUUAUCGAUAUUGAAGUUAAUAUACAUUUUGAAGUGUUCACUAGGUAGGAGUUUGUCUUGCAAAUCUGGCAACCCUGGUGUCUACGCAAGUUAUUUAACUGUCAAGCUCAUCUUGGAUUGGCGGCGCGUUCAAUAGCGCCUUAGAAUGGUUGUCAUGGAUUUUAUCAAACACAGUUUUCAGGUGUUUAUUAGAAGUCAGUACUGUUGAUGCAUGUUUACACCAGUCAGAUAUUAGCCACGGAGAUAAAACUAGUGAUACGGUGGAUUAGCUAAAUAUCAGUUUGUUACUUUAGGAGUUAAACAGUUAAAUCGACUCUGAUCACAAGAAAAGCUAAAUCAGAAAAAUACUGGAGUAUGAAAGGAAAAAGCAUAAAGGUGAGACGACUGAGUCCGAACGAGGAGGCGCAACUGGUCCGAGAAGAACUGCAGAGAAGAAGAAAACUGAGAUUACAGCAAGUACGGGAACAAGAGCGCUCUAUUGCGCUGCACGUGCGGCGUGAGGUGCAGGAGAGGAGAGAGAGAGAGCUGCAGAGUCUCGCUACAGGUCUCAGAGAUGAGUGGCAGAAACACAGAGGAGAGAGGAUACAAACAUUGGAGAAGGUCUACAAGGAAAACCUCAGAGAUGUGGGUCAGGGCCACCGCAGUGCCAAAGAAAACGAGCCAGAUCGAGAAGCACUGUUGCUGAAAAAAGAACAGAAUGACCUGCGAGCUGCAGAAAGGCAUCAGAAGGCUCUUCAGAGUCUCAUCACACAACGACAUGCUGAAGCAGAUCAACGCAACCGACACAUCGAGGCACGUAAAAAGGCUCUGACGGUGGAGAAGGAGAGAGCAGCAAAAAUCGCCGGCCUUCCUCACUCCGCCCCUGACCCUAUAGAGAGUGUUGCGGUUCAGACUCCACUCCAACCCAAGAUAUCCAACGUGCUGCAUUACUCCAUCACCCACCACCAUGUCCCAGAGACAGCAGUGGACAGAGAGACAGAUACAGAUCAGCCGGAUGCUCAGGAGGCAGCAGCAUCAGAGGCUCGGCGGUCGGAGGAGCUGGAGAAAGAAGAAGCCCUCGAGAGGCAGGAGCAACACGAACGUGCACGGCUUAGAGGAAACCGUGCUCUUUGUAGGGAAAAAGGCAUCCAGGACAACGCGAGGUUGAUGUGCGAGCUGGAGCGGCUGCAGCAGGCCGAGCUGCAGCGGCGAAGACACACGGUGAAUAACGUGCCAGCGCAGAUCUUCCAGCCGCUUUACAGGCACGAGGAUCUGAGAGCUGAGCAGCAGAGAGAACUGGAAAAUGCCUUUCAGGACUUGUGCACUGAAGAUAAAGUGAUCAGAGAUGACUUGGUCCUGCGGUUGGUGUCCGAGCCGCUUCCUCUUCCUCCUCCUGUUCCGUCUGCUAAAACCGACAGUAGACCUGAAAGUCAUGUGGACCUGGACGUGACCCUUGAAACCAAGGAGAUGCCAUAUGAGGAGGAAGAGGAAGAUGCAGGACAGGAGCCUGUUUCUUCUCAAUGCUCUUCGGUGCCUGCUGAGGGUGCGAGUAGGGUGGCUCUGCGGAGGCUGUUGGAUCGCAUCAGGACACAGAAGGAUCAGUGGAGCAGGAGGGAUCCUGCAGAAGGGAAAGGAGUCAGAUUGGAGAACGCAAUCAACGAAGAUGGAUCGCCGAGCGGUCUGGAAUGGCAGCAAGCUUCUAGUCUGGAGGAAGGAACAGUUGGUUCAUCGCUGGCAGAAAACAGUUCAGAUUCCAAGCUGAGUGAAGACUCCAUUGUAGCAGGACCCAAGCUGGAAGCAGACCAGCAGAGCACAGAAAUGGACCUGAGAGUGAGCAGCGAAGAAGAGCUGAAGAGGAGGCAAGAGGAACAGCUUGACCUGCUACAGGAGCAACAGCGGAGUCUGGAGCUUCAGCUAGAGGAGGCACAGCUGUGUAGGCAGAGGCUACAGGAUGCUUUACACGCGUCAUCUGGGAUAUGUAGCGUACAGGAAACCUCGAAACCACAGCAGGAAAUGGUUUCUGAACCUUCUCCUGAGGUGAAGGUUUCAGCCGCAGUGUCUGACGGCGUACACAUACAGAAACUCCAACAAUAUCAGCAAAGACUCCUGAAGCAGAACCGCCUUCAUCAGAAGACUAUUCACGAAGCUCGUCGGAAUCUUGAGGAAUACAAGCAGACACUGAAGAUGCGCUAUGCUCCUGUUGCCAUGACAGCAGAACAUACACCAUCACCUUCAGAAGGCACUUGCGCUUUUCCGGAUUUUCCUCGAAGGACGCUCUCGACUGCCGCCGCGAAGGUUUUAAAAACCGACGCUGAAUUUCAAACCUCUCGUGAGACCCCGGCGGUGAACGUAAAGCAAAGUCACAACAAUAUUGUACAAACAGACCCAGCUUUUCUUAUUCCGCCUCCUCUACCUGGUCCCAGCUCCGCCACGUCUACACACACAGAUACCCAUGUAAUGGAUCAACCUAUCUCGCACUCGGUGCACGAGGACGGCUUGGAUCCGAUUCCACAUCCAGCAGCCAGCACUUUAUUAGACAAGACACCUUUAGACGGUACUUCGGAGCGUCAUGAAGUUCCUCUUCUCCCCCCUGCUGUGUUUCUGGAAUAUAUGCGAAGCAGGCGUUCUCAGGCACCACCCACGCACCUGCCUCCAGGCUCUCAGCAGGGCACAAAAGAUCUUGGUGUUUUGCUGCAGGAGAAGCUCGAGAACAGCGACCCGCGUCGGGACGCGGAAGCGCAGAGCAAUCGGCAGGUCAGAGAUCGGCUGCGCGAACAAAGAGAUGCCCUACACGCAUUACUAAGAGCACAGCAUGCAAAGUCAGUUUCACUGGGAAUGCAUGACAGUGACAGUGCUGUUAUUGAUGCUUCUGUAAAGCCUCAUGAGAGGAGUAAUGAACCGAUUCAGGUCUCUACAACACCGAGUCAGAGUCAUGUCCAUACCCAACCAACUCCUUUGUAUGGGUCUAUUGCAAGUUCUGGAUCUACACAACAUUCUUUGUGCGAGUCAACAAGGGAUGGACGAGUCAAUCCACCGGUUUCUUGCCCACCGCGAUCGCUCCAAAUCCUUCUGCAUGACUUCGAGCUGCACAAACUCAGCACCAUUGAAGAAGUUGAUACUCCAGUUAAUGUUACCAUGGAUACAGCUGCCGAGGUGCGCAUGGAGAGCUCGUCGGCCGAGAGCUCUGAUUACUCUGUAUCCUACAGUCUGUCUAUGAGUUCACCCACCCUAGGCUCAGGGAGCAGUCAGGGGCAAAGCUCAGAGGUCAUAAGGUCAGAAGACGGCACACACAGACCCAGCAAACUGUCAUGGAAAGAGAUGCUCCAGCUGGAAUCGGCCACUGCAACAGACUCGACAGAGCAGCAGCACGAAGAGGAGCUGGAGCUGGUCUUACCACAUGACGGAGCAGCUGGUAUGCCAGAUUUUCUCUCCUCGACCACCCUCUCAACAGGCAGCUACUUCUCUAGCGAGCUUGAUCCCAACUUCAACGGUACAGAUUCUUCUUUGUUCAGUAAUGAGUUGCCUGGAGCAUCUCUCACCUGCUCCAGCAGCAGUAACAGUCUGCAGCACAUUAUCGAUAAAUACACAAAAGAGCUGGAUAAAUCCCUCCGGUCGGUUCAUACAGGAGACGGCGGUUUUGUAGUAACUGCUCCAGAGAGCGAGACCACAGCUUUCAGCAUCUGUACAGAACAGGACGCUGGAAUGCUCCAAACAGUACAACCACCAACGCUCCCAUUACAGUGCAACCUGGAGGACAGCAAUUCCAUGAACACCACUGUGCAGGAUACUUUCCAGUCUCUUUCUCCGGAGAUCACAAACAACGACAUGACUGACUGUUCCGUAAGUCUCCGACUUGGGUUAAAUCCACCUGUCGAGACCUCCAACACUAACACAGAGACAACUGCCUCAGAUUGGCUCGAUUGUGGCCUUUCCCAACACGUCUCCACAACAGAUGACCAGUCGUCGUCUCCAGGCUUUCCACAGUGGGAAUGGACACUGGGGAGCAACAGCGAAUUAAGGACUCUAGAAGCUUCCGUCUCACAUAAAGAAAAAGGCUUUGAGGAACCCGAGCUUUCCCGGUCUACCACUAGCCUGUCUUCGCUCUGCCCUUUAUACAGGUCAUGCAGUCAGUUGGAGGAAGUGAAGCACAGCUGCCAAGAUGCUUACGCUAAGAACCAAGAAAAAGCAAGAGAGUUCAAAACGAAAACCCUGGAGAAACUAAGGGCUAAACGAAGAUAAUCCACAUUCCUGUCUAUUUUAUUUGAAAAAUAUCUUUAAUGUUUAUGUUCUGCUAACACUUUUUAAAAUGAAUUUUUAUUUAUAUAUUAAAAGGUUCUACUUA